GCCCCGCCCCGCCCGGUGCGCUGGGAGCUGUAGUCUGUGCGGAAGGAGCGAGCGGGCCGUGAGGGGCGGUUAUCGCAGAGUGAGGGUGGCCGCAGCCUUAUAUCGAGCGGGUGGAAGGUCGGGUGCCAACAGGGGUCGGUGUGGGGUGAGCCCGAGUCCCGUUGUGUAUUGAAGGGUGAGCGCGGCGCCGUGUCUUCCCGCCCUUUCCUCCUCUCCUCAGGGCGCUCGUUGAGCGGGCAGACGGAGCGGGGCCGUGCGGGCCGGCCGUUCCUCUCCCGGGACCUCCCGGCUCCUCCUUCCCUCGCAGCAUCGGGAAAGGCGGAUCUGUGCGGGCGGAGGGGAGCGCUGCCGCCUCCCGAAGUCGGUGCUGGGAGGGGCGGAGGUGCUCGGGCGCAGCCAUGUAGCCCCGAGCUCGUGGUGGGCACCCGGACCGAGAGCCAUGUCCCUAUCCCGCGCGGAGAACCCCUGCUUCCUGCUGUUCCUGAUCGUCUUCCAAGCCGUGUUCAUCCUGAUACUGUACCGAGGUGGAGCAUCGAGCGUUUUCCGGGGGUUUUUGGAGUCGCAGCGCGUUUUGGAUUACUCCAAAAGCCACGACGUGUACACGAACCUCAGCCUGCUGGUCCCGGCUGGCGGCGGGGCGGCGCUGCCCUACUGCUCCACUCACUCACCUAUCGCCGUUGGUCCAUUAACCAUCACUUUUGACGUGCUCCCGAGUGAAAGAAUUAUCAUCAAAAAAAAUCCUCUUGUUCAGUCUGGAGGCCACUACAACCCACCUCACUGCUUGGCCCGCUACAAGUCAGCCAUCCUCGUGGCAUACAAUAACCAGGAGAAAUACCUUCACCAUCUUCUCUACUACAUUCAUCCUUUCUUGCAGCGCCAGCAGCUCAGCUACAGAAUCUACCUGAUUCAGCAGGUGGGGAAUGGCACGUUUAACCGAGCAAAGUUACUUAAUGUUGGUGUCCGGGAAGCCCUGAAGGAUGAAGACUGGGACUGCCUCCUUCUGCAUGAUGUGGACCUGGUACCUGAGAACGAUUAUAAUCUCUAUGUCUGUGAUGAAUACUAUCCCAAACAUAUGGCUAGUGCCAUGGAUAAAUUCCAGUACAACCUUCCAUACAAGUCCUUUUUUGGAGGCGUAUCUGCUUUGACUCCGGAGCACUACAUGAAGAUGAAUGGGUUUCCAAACACAUACUGGGGCCACGGUGGUGAAACCGAUGACAUUGCUGCAAGGAUCAGGUUAGCAGGCAUGAGAAUUGUUCGGACCCCACCGCACCUUGGACGCUACAAAGUGAUGGACUACAAUAGAGGGACAGAAGAGCCUUGGAGAAGGCCUGCUUCCCACCACAACACCAGAAAAACUUGGAAGGAUGAUGGGAUGAACUCUUUAGAGUUCAAGCUCCUUUCCAGAACAAAGCAUCCUCUUUAUACCAACAUCACUGUGGAUAUUGGAUACGUUCCCCCCAUUUCUUAAGAUAAUGAAAACUAAAGAGUGGAGUUGGAAUUCACUGUGGCAGCACGGUUAUGGGUAUUCAGCCUCUACCUCUGGCUGUGGUGCAGAACCUGCAGCAACCGAGGCUAAUCCUGUUGUCUUUCAUACACUGAACUUUUCAUCGGAGUAUAGGAGACUUUGAAGAAAAGGCUUCAGGAAUGAGACAUGAUAGCUACAAACAGGAUCUGGCUUAUCGUAAAAGUCCUUUAAGGCACUGUAAGACUUUUGAGCCAAAUCUACCUGUUGUUCCCUCAGGCUGCAGAGAGACAGUAAGUUGACCCAAGUUUUCUAGAACCUCUGUUCCAUAAUGGGAUGGCUCUGUCCUGCUGCUUACUCAACUGGCCGUUCUGAAAUGCUGUAUUUUGAGAGAGAACUUACUUGGUAUUGAAAGCUGUUACAGUUCUGUAAAUAUUCUUUGUGAAUUUGUGUCGAGAAAGUUGAGGUGUUUGUUUGGAUUAAGAUUUUUCUAGAGUAUUUAAUAAGACUUUAAUAAAGGAGAAAGUUGCCCUGAUAUUAGAUGAAACUAGAGCUUAAAUUCCUGGUUGUCUGGCCAGAUUAUGAAUGAGUGUGAGUUCUUACUGUAGCCAUAAGUAAUUCACAUCUAAAGAGGCCUCAGACUGUCAGCUAUGCUCAGCAGAUGGAAAUUAAUCUACCAUUUCAGCUAUUGCUCAAAUGUUAAUUAUCUCUCAAGGUUGAUCUGUAUUCAAUUAAAACCCUUCUGAAGAAUGAAAUACUAGAGGAAAAAUUAAGUCAGAUAUGUCAACAGUAGAGCUGUGACCCUGGCAAACAUGCAUUUGUACUUACCUGACAGCGAGGCUGAUGGUCUGCCUUACAUCUUGCCCUUUUUGUCAUCUCUCUAUGUCAGUUGAUCAGUAGCGCUGCCUACAAGCCCUGAUUAUUUUGCCCGUGUAAGAUAGGAUUCUUUUUUACCUUGUUACAUGUAUAUACUACAGUCAGAUUCCUGUUCUCUGCUCACUGAGAAGCUGCAUCUAUCACCCUAAUACCCAAGAAUCUAUUAAAGGCUUCAUUUUUCUCUACAGUUAGAGUAAUAUAUGUCAACAGAGAUAGAGGAAUUCUAUAACAUAAAGUUGGUUUUUUGGUCGUGUAA